CAUAAGUGUCACUUAGGCAACUGCAUUAUUACCACGUAACUUGUCUAAAUAACUAAUUUUUUAGUUGCUGAGUCUGAGAUAUAUUUUGGGCUAAAUGAUUAAAAUCAUUUUUUUCUUAUAUUAUAAAGUAAAAAUAAAAAGUUUAGCAUUUAAAACAACUUAGGCUCCAUAUACAUAUAUGAAAAUUUGUAUGUAUGCGCCACUUUCAGUUUUUCUGUCAUCUAUCCUAAACUUUUAAACUAGAAGAUCAUCUAUCUUAAACGUUUAAACUAGAAAAUGUAUUGGCAUAAAGGAUUCAAAUGCUCUUCCCCAAAUCUAACCGAAAAAAAAAGUUAUAUAUUUAAAGAUUUUCCAGUCAAUAUAACAUUUGAAGCAGAUACCAUUUUGUCUGAAUCAGUUGAUUGUUCGAACAAAUCGUUAUCAGUACCUAAUAAAGCAAAUAAUAAUCAAAGCUCAAACAUGCAUGAUACUUCACAAAAAAAGUCAUGGGAUGACUGGGUUCUCAAUAAAGCUCUUUUGGAUCUCAAAAAGAAAGAUUUAAAGAAAAAGAAAAAAAAUGACGAGUUAAUUGAAAAAAAGAAGUUAUUAGAUGAAAAAGCAAAAAAAGAACAAUUAGCUAAAGAAGUCAGGGAAGAAUGGUUGAAGAAAAAAAUAUACCUGGCUGCUAAAAUGAAAAAAGAAGCAGCUGCCCAAGAUGAAUUUGAAAGAUUAAAGAGCGCUCAAAAGAAAGAAGUUGUCUAUCAGAGGUCGAAGGAAAGCUUAUCUAAGUGGUUGGAAGAAAAAAAAAAUCGUGAUCAUCAAAUGAAAUUAACAAAAAAUGAAGCUCGUCGUCAGACAGAAAUCGAAAAAAUCAAUAAAUGCAUUCAAUCUGACAUAAUUUACAAAAAUUGGUUAAACGAAGCUAAAAAGAAAAAAUUACCCGGCCGUUAUUCAUACGGUUACGCAAAUGGAUCUUUGUUUACUUACUAUGACAUGACAGCUACUCCAAAUCCAUCCUUUACUAACUCAGAGCCUUGGCUAGACCAGUCUGGCUCAGAUAGUGUAAACGAGAAGAUUGAACUUUUUUGUUCUCCCCCUAUGCUUUGGAAAGAUGUUAAUACUAGGCAACAAGCAAAAGAUAGAACUACGAAUAAAACAACAAAAAACUUAAAAAAACAUUCAUGCUCAAAACUAUCCUAAAGAAAUUAAGUUUUUAUUAUUUUAUUUGUGAAUUUUUUAUUUGUAAAAUAUUUUUGUGUGUGUUUAUUUCCAAUCUACGAUUUUUUAUGCUUUGAAAUAGGGUCUGGGGACCAUUCUCCGGUGUUAGUUUUUCCAUAAAUAGUAAAAGUUUUUUUCCAAAAUGGUUUUUAUUUGGUUUUUGUUAUGUUUAUAUAUAUUAUAUUUUCUAUCGCUAUCAAAUAAAAUCUCUGACUUUUUAGUUUAUUUUGACUCAAUUUUGAAUUUAAUAAUUUUUUUUUUUUAUAUAAAGUUUAAAUUUUUUAUAAAUAAUUGUUAACUUAUUAUUUACUCAAUCAUUUAAAAACAACGAGAUUAUAGAUAUCUUUUUGUAAAUAUUAGCCCACGUUGGGUACAAAUGCAUAAGGUCAACAUGUUAAUUCAUUUUUUUUUUUUUUUAAUUGAAUGAUAGAAUAUAUUAAAGCGACACAAAUUUAAUAAAUAUUAAACCA